AUUAUGACGAUAAUUUGGCGUGCUCACGCCAUUGCUUGUCUCCAGUGAUUCGCUCACAAAUCGUGCGAGUAUUGACUCCGACGCAGGAAACAGACCCACUUAUCAGUCUCUCAAAACAAACGUCAGUAUCACAGAGGGGGAGCCGGAGCUUAGUCUCGUCCAAGAUGCUGACCGUGGCAUGUCGUCUGAUUGCUUUAGGAACUCUCAUUACCAUAUGUGAGGGUUCAGGUGCUGUCUCAUUUAAGAUGAUUCGUUACUACAAUCCUGGUGGGCGGGGCAGAAAUGGACAUCCUUGUGACGGCAAGUUCUUCUUUAGCGCAAGUGAUUGUGACCAUCGGUUUAUCAUCUGUAUGGACGUAUCGGGCGGACCUAACAAUGCGUACAGGUGCCCGUACGGACGGAAGGCCACGAAUGAAGUGAGCAAUAAUAACAACGUAUACUUCGGCAGCAGUGUAGGGGGUGUGGCCAACCCCAUGUUGUUUCCCUUUGUCAUGUGGCCGGGCAGCCUCAAAAUUAAGGUGGAGGUGUGGGAUAGUGACGACAACGGGGACGAUUACGUCGACUUCCUGGCAGCUGUGUAUAAGACGACUCCAGCCUUCAAUGCCACUUCUGCUGAUGUGGUACCCUACACACUGAGUUCACGAACAACGUUAUGGUUAAAUCUUCAAGUUUAUUGCGAUAAGGAUUUUUACGGGAAAUAUUGCACCACCUUUUGCCACCCACGUGACGACAAAUAUGGGCACUACACAUGCAAUUCUACAACUGGAGCUAAGAUAUGCACUGAAGGUUGGCGAGGAAUUUUUUGUCACGUCAAGAUCGACCACUGCCAAGAUGCACAGUGUCAAAAUGGAGCCACAUGUGUCAAUUCACAUGGAAGUUAUCUUUGCGUUUGCGCAGACGGUUUCAACGGUACACAAUGUGAAAUUGAUGUAGAUGAAUGUCAAUCAUCCCCAUGUCAAAAUAAUGCGACAUGUACAGACUCAAUUAAUGGAUUCCAAUGUACGUGUUUGGAAGGGUUUUCUGGAAAUGUGUGUUCCGAAAAUAUAGAUGACUGUCAGUUAAACACGUGUCAAAACAAUGCCACGUGUAAAGAUUUGAUUGGAGAUUUCGAUUGUCAGUGCGGAAGUGGUUGGACAGGUAAGCUUUGUGAUGUCAAUAUUAACGAAUGUAGCAGUAGCCCCUGUCAUGAGGUUGCCACGUGUGUAGAUGAUAUAGACGGCUUCCGUUGCAUGUGUCCCCGUGGUAGAACUGGCACCCUUUGUGAAUCCGAUGUGAAUGAAUGUCUCACCUUUACUUGUAAUAAUGGUGGUACCUGUGUUAAUACUGCUGGAAGCUUCUACUGCACAUGCCCAGACGCUUGGACUGGGGAAUCGUGUAACAUUGAUGUCGAUGAAUGUGAAAAUACCCCAUGUAUAAAUGGAAAUUGCACCAACCAUGACGGACAUUUCUCUUGUAAAUGUUCAAAUGGGUGGAUGGGUGUUUUAUGCAACGUUGAUGUGGACGAGUGUUUAAAUGACCCCUGCUAUGGAUCAGCUACCUGUGAAAAUAGUAACGGCAGCUUUUCCUGUCUCUGCCCGCCGGGAUACUCGGGCGACUUCUGUGAAGAAAAUAUAAAUGACUGCGAUCCCAACCCCUGUCGACAUAAUGCAACGUGUAGCGACCGAGUAAAUGAUUUCAAUUGUACGUGCAAAUCUGGUUUUGUUGGCAAACGUUGUGAAAGCAAUGUUAACGAAUGCUUAUCGAAUCCUUGCCUUCACAAUUCCACAUGUAUGGACACCGUCGGGUCCUUUGAGUGUUUGUGUCCAAAGGGAGCCCACGGUACACUGUGUGAGGUAGACGAAGAUGAAUGUGAAUCGAAUCCAUGUUUUGGAUCCGCCACUUGUGUGGAUGAGUUGGGAGGAUACAGGUGUAUCUGUCCGCCUGGCAUGGAGGGUGAGCAUUGUGAAGUUAACAUCAAUGAAUGUUCAACGUCACCUUGUGCUUCGGGAGCAACAUGUGUGGAUGGACUGAACUCGUUUAGUUGCAUUUGCCCAGAGGGAUUCACAGGGAGGGUAUGUGACGUCGAUAUUGAUGAAUGCAGUUCGAAUCCAUGUCAGAAUAUGUCAACAUGUGUUGAUACAGUGAACGGAUACAGAUGUAUUUGUCCCAGUGGAAUGACUGGCGUACAUUGUGAGCUAAACGUUAAUGAAUGUUCGUCAAGUCCAUGUCUGAAUAAUGCUACUUGUAUUGACCUCAUGAAUCAGUAUUCUUGCAUAUGCACGUUAGGUUUCAUUGGAGGUCAUUGUGAGAUGGAGAUUGACGAAUGCUCCUCUAACCCCUGUCUUCAUGGUGGAACCUGUAUAGAUCAUUUGGGUGGCUAUCAAUGCCAGUGCCUAUCUGCCUACACUGGAGAUAACUGCGAGGUUGAAAUCGAUGAAUGCCUCUCAAACCCUUGCCAAAAUGGAGCUACGUGUCAUGAUGGCAUAGCUGGAUAUACAUGUUCUUGUAGUCAAGGAUACACGGGAGUUCAUUGUGAAGGAGAUAUUGAUAACUGUGAAUCUAACCCCUGUCUCGGGGAGUCAGAGUGUCAGAAUUCCAUUAACGGAUUCUCGUGCAAGUGUCAGGGAGGUUUCCAAGGCGACAUCUGCGAUGUGGAUGUAGACGAAUGUGCGGAAUCGCCGUGUGGAAAACACGGCACUUGUGUAAACUUUCCGGGAACGUUCUCUUGCACGUGUCCUGACGGUAUCCAAGGAGCUCUGUGCAAUGAAGAUGUGGAUGAAUGUCUUAAUAACCCCUGCCAUGGGAAAUCCACCUGUGUCAAUGAAUUCGGAUCUUCACGAUGUCUAUGUGAAUUAAACCGGUCAGGUACACUGUGUGACGUCAAAAACAGUUGUUAUAGCAGCCCGUGUGAGAACGGCGGCACGUGCAGCACCACCGAGGGCGGCAAUUUUAAGUGUCAAUGUUUGGGUGGAUGGGCGGGGCCAACAUGUUCGUUACCACUAUCCCCAGACUGCAGUCCCAUCACAGUUAAAGUGGAUGGGCAGCUGAAUAAACAAGAAAAGGAUAACUUUGUGAAGAACUUCAUGGAACAUUUAUCCGGCAAAUACAGCGUACCACAAUCCGAUAUUUACUUAAUAGUUGAUAGCAUACCGGAAGUCAAAGAAAAUAAUAUAUCGGAUACGAUAUUAACGGUGCGAGUUUUCAUAAAGAGGCAAGCCGUGUGUCGGGAAGAGUUGCAGCCCUUGAUGCCGGGGUUAACAGGUUCCUUGGCGUCUGAUGGUCAGCCGCGGAGUAGUCAAGUCGUCCGUAACAAACAAGAUGAGAACUGGCUGUCUCUGAAUUGGUAUGUGGUGGUUGUCGCCGUGUCUGCUGCUUUAAUGAUAGUACUUGUUAUCGUUUUUGUUCUGAGGAGAAAAAGACAGAAGCACGUGAUCAACAGAAAUGGGAGCCGACGUUACAACAGCGAUGCUGACGUCACACACCUGGACGAGGCGGAUGGCUUUAUACCGAUCACGUUUGAAAAUUCGCUGUAUGCAACAGUACAACCAGAGGAACCUAUCAGAGUAUCGACAAGAUAUGACUUUGAUGACAGUUGAAUAUUGUAGGAGAGAGAGAGAGAGAGAGAGAGAGAGAGAGAGAGAGAGAGAGAGAGAAUUUGGGACACCAUUCUUCAUGAAUUUUACUUUUCAUUGUGCAACUUCAUGAAACUGCUGGAUACAGUUCCUCAAAAGUUGAUUAGAUUAAUACAUAUUAAGGAUGCAUGCUACACCAAAGAAAUUUGAUAUAUGGAUGAAAAAUGGAGGACAUGUACAACAAUAUUUUGAAAUUUAAAAAUUUCAAAUUUACUUUAUUUCGUAAAAGAAAAUGCCAUUUUAGUAGAAAACAAUCUGAAAAAAAUUAAAACCCUGCUGCAUGGUCUUGAACCCGUGAUCUACAUUUUUGCAGACGACGUACUUACCUGCUGAGCUACUCAGUUAGGCAAUGAAAUUUUAAUUGAAUAGACAAAUAUUGCUGAUAUUCAUAUUUUCAUCCAUGUUUCAAAAGGAAGUCAGCCAUUAUGAUGAUGUAGUAUUCCUCCUUAAUACUUGUACCAGUCACUUUUAAAAAUUUUUUCAUGGUGUAUAUAUUGCAAAAUAUGUGUUCAUUAAAAUUGCUUCAUUUUCAA